CCUGCGAGGUGGGGCGGGCGCUUCCGGUCUGCCGAGCGGGUCGGGGAGCCCGGGUGGCCCGCGUCGUCCGUCCAUGGCGUCUUCGCGAGCGUCGUCCACGCCCGCAAAAACCUCCAGAAUGCCGGAGGAUAACCCCGUCACGGUGGUGAAGAAGGCCCACAUCUUUUACGGCAGUUUGGAAGAGAAGGAGAGGGAGCGCCUUGCCAAGGGGGAGUCUGGAUUGUUGGGGAAAGAAGGUGUUAAAGCAGCAAUCGAGGCAGGAAAUAUUAAUAUAACCACUGGGGAGGUCUUUGAAAUCGAAGAGCACAUCAGCGAGCGGCAGGCUGAAGUGCUGGCCGAGUUUGAGCGCCGGAAGCGGGCCCGGCAGAUCAACGUCUCCACCGAUGACUCGGAAGUCAAGGCUUGCCUGCGAGCCCUCGGCGAGCCCAUCACGCUCUUUGGAGAAGGCCCUGCUGAGAGGAGAGAGAGGUUAAGAAACAUCCUCUCAGUGGUUGGAACCGAUGCCUUAAAAAAGACCAAAAAAGAUGAUGAAAGGUCCAAGAAGUCUCGAGAAGAGUAUCAACAGACCUGGUACCACGAAGGGCCCAAUAGCUUGAAGACUGCCAGGCUCUGGAUCGCCAAUUAUUCGCUGCCCAGGGCAAUGAAACGCUUGGAAGAAGCCCGUCUUCACAAAGAGAUUCCAGAGACAUCUAGGACCUCCCAGAAGCAAGAGCUACACAAAGCCCUUCGGUCCCUGAACAAUUUCUGCAGCCAGAUCGGAGAUGAUCGACCCAUCUCAUACUGUCACUUCAGUCCCAACUCCAAAAUGCUGGCCACUGCUUGCUGGAGCGGGCUGUGCAAGCUCUGGUCCAUUCCCGAUUGCAACCUGAUUCACACGCUGAGAGGGCACAACACGAACGUGGGAGCUGUCGUAUUCCACCCGAAGGCUACCGUCUCUCUGGAUAAGAAAGACGUCAACCUGGCCUCCUGUGCGGCUGACGGGUCGGUGAAGCUCUGGAGCCUGGACAGUGAUGAACCCGUGGCAGACAUUGAAGGCCACACAGUGCGUGUGGCCCGGGUGAUGUGGCAUCCAUCGGGACGUUUCCUUGGCACCACCUGCUACGACCACUCCUGGCGCCUGUGGGACCUGGAGGCCCAGGAGGAGAUCCUACACCAAGAAGGGCACAGCAUGGGUGUGUAUGACAUCGCCUUCCACCAGGAUGGUUCUCUGGCGGGCACUGGGGGGCUGGAUGCGUUUGGCCGGGUCUGGGACCUGCGCACUGGGCGCUGUAUCAUGUUCCUGGAGGGCCACCUGAAAGAAAUCUAUGGCAUCAACUUCUCCCCAAAUGGAUACCACAUCGCAACUGGCAGCGGGGACAACACCUGCAAAGUGUGGGACCUACGGCAGCGGCGCUGUGUGUACACCAUCCCUGCCCACCAGAAUUUGGUCACCGGGGUCAAGUUUGAACCUAUCCAUGGGAAUUUCCUCCUCACCGGAGCCUAUGAUAACACUGCCAAGGUCUGGACGCACCCCGGCUGGUCCCCGCUCAAGACCUUGGCUGGCCACGAGGGCAAAGUGAUGGGCCUAGACAUCUCUCCCGAUGGGCAGCUUAUCGCCACCUGCUCCUACGACCGGACCUUCAAGCUGUGGCUGUCGGAGUAGGCCUGGAGCCCCACCAAUCAGCGGGCUGGUGACCCUGCAGCCCCGCGGGUCCUCUGCAGCCAUCUCUGCCAGACGAAGAGAGCAGGCUGGGGUCCCACGGGUCUUCUUCCCUGGGCAGCGGGUCGGGUCCUGUGCCACCCGACCCCCUCAGGUAGAGGCGACAUGUCUCAUUUGGGGAUGACAGGAGGUGCCCGGGCGUGGACCGUGUCGAGUUUAUUUUUUGUACUUGUUUUGUAAGCAGAUUCUCCCUGCGCCUUUUGUGGGAGUGCCCUAGACACUCCUUCCCUCCGGAACCAGCCCUCGGAAUAGGAACGAGCUUUUCAAUCCCUUCUUAGAGAACCCUUUCCAGCUGAGCCCCUGAAACACACUGGGGAGCUUCCUGGCCUCGGUUGCCACCCUAGGACGGGUCCCAGGGGUGAGGCAGUGUGAGGAUCAGCAUCCUGGCCCCUGGCCUGGCGCCCCAGUAGUUCACCUCCCUGCUUUUGCCUUGGGAGGAAAAGCUCAAGCAGCAGAGCCUAAUUUGCAGUUUUGUAAAACCAUGUAGCCUGCUGUCUUCCGACCUUGGGGCUAGAAGAGGAAAUGGCUGCUGCAGUCAUUGGCCGCCCAUCUUUCUCUCCACGGCUGAGGUGGCUCCCCUGCUCUGGGCUUCCCCUGUUCUGUCUGGUAGGCAGGCACCCGGCAGUCUCCACGUGGCUGACCUGUUAGCUGUAAAGCAGGCAAGAUCUCUCCAUUGGGGCCAGCUGGAAUCCUGAAACGCCUGGCUGAGAGAGAGAAUUUGCUUAUCCUCUUGGUUCAAAACCUGGCUCGAGUGCUCUGUUAACCUGUUGGGGGACUGUUUUCCAAAAUGGAGAGAAAAUGACAAAUUACAGACAGGGCUCCUGAACAAUAAACAGUUGCUCACGUCAUUUGCCA